UGUACAUUUUUGGCAAAGCUCCGGAUCUCGCGAAGUCCUGCAAAAGGUCGCGAGGCUUGGCUCACUAUGAAUGAGAUUCGCGUGCAAGGACUGCUGCUCGAUCGCUACAACACCGACUUUCUGGGACUUCUUCACAAGUUGAAUCGAACGGUUUGCACUCCCACUUCGGCACCAACAUCAGUACCAGCACCAACAUGCAGCGUGAGUAAGUCGUGCGGCGCGGGCCGCACGUGGAUCGGGGAGAUGAGGGGCCCUCUCAGGGAGAAAAUUACAAAAUGUCAUCAACCGCGCGCUGUCCGACCAUCUGGACAGUCAAGCGGCGCUCAUCACAGUCGGCGGGAGGAGACGAAACAGGAAGAAGAAAAACAAGAAAAAUGUAACCAAGACAAAGAAGAAUAAGGAGAACAAGGGCAAGCUUUCACCGCCCAAAUGUCGCAAAG